AUGCUUGGAAGUGUGUUUAAUCGAGCUAUUGUUGAUGUGGAAUAUAUAGGUUGGAGAUUAAUGAUUGGAGCUUCCUUUGUCGCUCCCAUUUUAACUGCUGCCCUCGUGGUCUUUAUUCCCGAAUCUCCUCGUUAUUUGCUUUCUAUUCAUAAGGAUGACCAGGCAUUAAUAUCUCUCAUCAAAUUGCGUAAUAGUGAACUUGCAGGGUCAAGAGAUUUCAUUGUUUUAUAUAAUUCCUUGAAGCGAUCAGAUGAGAUUGAGAUGAUCCCAAUCACUUCCCAAAUUAGCCUUUUCUUUACCAAUGGCAGAGUGAAAUAUGCGUUAUUAGUAUCAGCAUUUAACAUGAUUAUGCAACAAUACUGUGGUGUAAAUACAACAACAAUUUUAGUGGGUUCUGGCGUGGAUCCAAAAACCGCCAUAGCUGGAAGCAUCGGACUUGGUGGAGGAUGUUUCUUAGCUACUUUCUUUUCUUCUCAAUGCAUUGACCGAUAUGGAAGAAGGAGAAUGCUACUUUCGACUUUCCCUCCUCUUUCGGGUUGUCUUUUCUGGCUCGGUGGUUCAUUAUACAUUUCUGACGAUAAUUCCCGCUUAGGCUCAGGUUUAACUGCCAUGUAUAUGUUUGUUAUUUUCUUUGGGCUUGGAAUUGGUCCAAUCAGUUGGACAUAUAAUGCGGAGGUUUAUCCAUUAAAUGUUAGAGUAUUGGGGGUGGCCAUUGGUAUGGCUAUCAAUUGGAUUCUAGAUUUUGUCUUAAGUAUGACCUGGCCAAAGAUGGCUGAAACCAUGAGUCCAAGCGGCGGUCUUUUCUUUUAUGCUUCGUUUAACUUAUUCGCAUUCUUCUUUACUUAUUUCUUGAUUCCAGAAACAAAAGAAUUAACUUCAGAAGAGUUAGAUAACGUUUUCUCUCAAUGUCCUUUGAAAUUUGCAAAAAAGAAAGUUUUGCGCUUCUUUAAAAGGAACUGA